GGCACCAGGUGCACAAGGAAUUUCACUGUGAUCAAUAUUCUGUGUAUAAUUAAAUAGACUGUGCAUGACAAAGCUGCCUAGUUAUAGGUCUAUAAGGAUAAGGCUACAUCAAAGGAUGUGCAAUGUUUGGCAGGAAAAUGAUAUCACAGCAUGGAAAGGAAACUUGUUGUUUGGAAUGAAUUGUGGUUUAUUCAUGAUAACGGUGUAUACAAUCUUGAAACUGUGUGCAAAACUCUUCUGAGGUCCGUUGGUAACACCUAUUGAUUGAGUUAGUUGGUGGAUGGAUGUAUGCAUACCUGUGUUCGCUGUGACGACUCGUAAGUUCCAACAUUGGGCGUCCUGUUAGCCAUGUUGAAUUGUUCCAGGAGUCGCUUUGAAAAUUUUAGGGUUUGGUCGUCAAGUGGAAUAUAACAUCUGUGUUAUGCUGUCUCAAGGAUAAUGCAGAGUCUACUUGAAAUUUUCAUAAUUUAAGGAUAUUUCAUGUGUGCUGGAUGUAGAUAUGUUGUUACAAGAAUAGUAAGUGCAAGAAUUGAAUAGCCCAACAAAGUUAUAUCACUUGUCCUGGAUUCCUAACCAUUUUUUUUUAAAUGUGACAUAUCAAAAACAAGGAGGAUUAAUUUGGCAAUAGACAUUUUGUGCAUACAAAUCUACAACAGUUUUGACCAUAAACUUCCAAAAGCUCCACUAAGUUGUGAUAUCAAGAACACCAAGCAAGGAAAGCAGUGCAUUAAAUCACUAAUUGACUGUAUGGUUUGAUGUAACUUAAGAAUAACCUUUCACCUCUUUUUGCCUCCAAGUCAUAUCAGUGUCAUGGAUAAAAUAUUUUCAAAUGACUUCUUCAGGUAAUAAUUGCACAAAUAUUGGUCAAAUGUGGAAAAAUAUUUGUGUAAGCUUUUCAGCGGAGUUGUUUUAAUUGUGUGCUGGGGGAAACCUUGAGGCGAUAGCGGUGUGAUUCUCAGCGGACAUUAAUUCAAAGAUAAACAAUCUUGGGAUGAUUUCUGUCGCCAAAUAUUAAGUCAUUGGAUAUGGAUCGCAGUGUACAUAUGCAUCACGGCGCCCCUUCAGGGGUUGCCGCCUCGCCAAAUACUCGCCAACUGACAAACAGACAUUGGCCGGAUGCGUUCGGAUUUGGAUUAUGGGGUACUGGUCCGUGUUUUGUCAUCAGUGUUGAAAAAGGGAGCGUCGCCCAUAAAGCUGGGAUACUCCCAGGUGAUCAGUUGUUGGAAAUUGAUGGACAUGAUGUUGCUAAUAUGUCAAUAGAUGCAGUCAAGACUUUAGCCCGCCAUAGCGCGACGGUGCCACCAACAGUUGGAGUUGUGACACGACUUCAGCAUUUAGAGAUUGUUCCAAAUCGCCAACUGGGAUAUGGAUUUACUGUGAGCGGAUCCAAGCCAGUUGUUGUCCAGUCGAUUAACCCAUUUGGGCCGGGAUACCAGUCUGGCGUGAGAGAAGGUGAUCUUGUACUUGAAGUCAAUGGCCACUAUGUCCGUACAUGCGAGGCCGUACAGACAUUGCUUGCCUCUCACUAUGGAAAGAUGGUCCUUGGUAUCCUGGCAUUCGAGAAGGCAGUGGGGACUGAGAAUCAACUGGGGGUGCCGCUGAAUGAUGUCAGGAUGAAGUCCCCUGGCAGUAGGGUGAAGAAAGCUAGGGACUUGUUUGGAAAGAUGAAUGAUAUGUUGGGGAGAGAUUAUGAAAAGAAAAUGGCGGUUGUUGGGGUCCUCAAGCAAUAUGCUGAGGACCGCAACGUUGAGAGGCUGAGUCGGGCUUUGGCGCUUUUACUUAACUCGUCCAAGCAUAGACGACUUAUAAAAGAAGUGAGGCCCUUUAUCCCUGUCAAACAUCGUAAUAUGUUCGAUACGAUCCUCGACAAUGACCCCAACUCUACCGACCUCUCUUCCAAUGAUCAGACAGCAUCGCUUAGAGUCAAAUCAAGAAGUCGCACCCCUGAUCUGACACAGGGGGACAUUAAGACAGUUACAGUUGAUAGAAAAGAUGGAAGUUUUGGCUUCAUCCUUCGAGGUUCAAAUCCAGUUUACAUAGAAUCUGUAGAUAUCAAUGGUGCGGCAGACAGGGCUGGGUUAAAGGCAGGCCACUGUAUCCUCAGAUUGAAUGGACUGGAUGUCAGAAAAUGUGGUCAUGCGCACCUGGUAAAACUCCUCCAGGGAAGUGGUAACCGGCCGACAUUUGAAGUGAUGAAGAUGGUAGAUAGGGAAGGUAUUCCUAUCCGUCCUGGAAGUGCGGCCUCAUCCGAUACCGCAUCCACCUCAAGUUAUGACGAGUCCUCAUCCUGGCUGAAGGAAACAAGUCGUAUUGUAGACAAGGAUGGGAGAACGUUUAAGCAAAGGGCAGAUCAUUUGUUGACAAAGAGAGAGAAAGAUAAUCUAAGAAGAUCCUUGACAAGAUACAAUAAUACAAGAGAUGUUGCAACAUUCUUUGAUGAUGUUACGCGGGUGUUCGACACGCCAUCUAAGACAACAUUGUGGAUGUUCCUCAUCCCGAAGCUGACCAAUGAACACAGGGAUUAUUGCCUGCAACGCAUCAAUGUCCCAAGGGAGCUACUGCUCGAUGUGUAUCCGUUGGAUCAGCGGUCCAGACUUCGACAAUCGGCCAAGAAAUCGCCUGCCACUAACGAGGAUGAAGAAAUAGAAGAGAGGAAUCCCUUCUUGUUGUCAAUACCUGGGGACACCCCAUUAGAUAGGGAUCGUGGUUCGAUCAGUUCGCAUGGCUCAGGUGGCUCUUCAAUGUCAUGGAUGGCAGACGUCAGGGAGAUGAACCAUGUUGGAUCGUUCAAACAGCAACUAGAGUACCUCCUCACUUCUAGAGAAAGACUGGAGUUGAAAAAUGCACUACAGAUUUAUACCAGAAAUAGGAGUGUUGAUAAUCUUAUCGAAGAUGCAUCAGUGAUCCUUGAUACUCCGUCGAAGCGGACACUUUGGUUGUACAUCAUACCAUUGCUUCCUGACGAACACCAGGAGGUCUGUCGAGCGACACUCAGUAUUCCUGUUAAUCUUGUCAACCCUGCAGUGCAGGGUGGUAUUACCAGCUCAUAUACCUCAGAUAGUGAACCAAGUCAGUCACAGUCCAUGUCUGAAUGUUCAUCAGUAUCAGAGGAGAAUAACAUCACAAACUUUAAGCCAGCUCAUCCCCAGGAUGGUGACGUCAUGUUCCAUUCUGAAGAUGACUUCAAUUUCAGACGUAGAAAACCAGUUUUGGUUGGUAAAGCAGCUGCAUUAUUGAAGGGGGAUGCAGGGGAUCGAUUGUCAUUGGGAUCCUCCGAAGAUAUUCACAGUCUCCGCAGUUACCAGUAUUCACCCCACUCACCGUCCUAUGGAUCCCGAUUCUGGAGGUCGACGCCCAGCCUCGCUCAUGUCGAUGAGCCGAAGAUCCAACCAAGCAACUCACAGAAUCAAAAUCGCUCCCUGGUGUCACCGACAUCACCAAGAGUGAAUGGCCAUGGUGACCAACUUCUUUCCAUUGAUGACAACUUCCUACUUCAAGCACCAAGGAAUGGAACGCUCAGCCAGCAUGAUCUUGACCUUCCACGCCCAAUCUCUAGCUACAGGGUUCAGGAAAUAGAUGAGGAUGACCCACGAUUGGAGGAUAUUCUGCCCCAAGGGGUCAGGGAUGUUGAGGGAAAGGUUGUGAUAGUGCAGACAAACAUUCCACCUCAGCCCCAUCAUGGGCCGCUGAUGAGCACCCAUAUAAAUCCAGUCCAUAGUCCAGCACAUCAUAUUCAUAGUCCAGUCCAUCAAAAUGUACAAAGUCCAAUCCAUGGUCAAAAUGUGAUGUAUUUACCGAACUCGCAAAGUCCAAAGACCAGUCAUAUUGGGAGUUUGAGUCCUACGAGUAGUGUCAGUCAUGCCUAUAGCUUACAGUCAAGUCCACAGCAGUCCAGUCAUACAUCUCCAUAUCAUUCUCCUCAUCAUCAGAGUCCACUGCCAGUCCAUUCUCAUCAGUCCACUCCAGUCCAUGCCAGGUUCAAUAUGGGAAGUCCGUCCCAUGGAGACCAUUCACAGGACAGUCCAUAUAUAUCAGCUCAUCCUCACCACAUUCUUCCAGAGGACGGUGCAAAUAUGAACUCUCAAAACAGUCCGUAUCAUGGGGGACAUCCGUCAAACGGAUCUAAUCAAAAUCUUCCAUACAAUGUCCACACGUAUAACGAACAUCCGCUUAGCCGACAAGAUCAAUCGCAUCCUUCCGGACCAUACGAAUCGUAUCCAUAUCAUCCGCCGCCUUUUCCGUUACCGGAGCACAAAGGUGACGACACCUGUCCUCAGUGCGGAUCACAUCCCAAACAAAUCCACCCCACGAAUGGUGCCAAAGCCUCAUCAGCAGGAUCUGAUGUGAAGUCCUUGUUAUCGUCGCAGGAUUCUUUCAUAGAGAAAGCCAAAGAUGCGAUACAAGCGCUAGACGAUGCUGUUGCAGCAGAAUCUGAUGACGACUCGAAUGACUCUCAGAAGGACACGAUACGCGGGAAUGUGCCAAUGCCACCUCCACCUCCUCCCCUUCCUCCAGUGCCACCACCAUUGCCCAAACAUCUCAAGUCGGAGCAAAAAGAGAACUACCCGAUGUACGUGAAGCGUCUGAACUGGGAGAAGCUUGACAUUUCAGAUAUGAAGGAGACAGUUUGGGGACAGCUUGGAGACACUGGUUAUCUGCAGGAUGUAGUCAAGUAUUUAGAACUGGAGCACAAAUUUAGUACCAAAAGAACAGAAAUUGUUUCCAAAGCUACUCGGGUCAACAAAAAUCAAGUGAACAUCCUGAAUGCAAAGAAAGCUUAUAAUACUUCCAUUUUACUUGGGCAUCUAAAGAUGUCUGUCAGUGACUUAAAGAACGCCCUCUAUCGGAUGGAUGAGGAGAUAUUCACCCCAGAGUUGAUACAGCAGAUGCUCGCAUAUGCUCCCAAUGAAGAAGAAAUUGAGAAAUAUGACCAUUACAAUGGGCUCACAGGGGACUUGAGUAAACCGGAUCAGUUUUGCUUUGAGAUGAGCCGAAUGCCAGGCUAUACACAGAAACUAAAAGCAAUGUUAUUCAAGGCGAACUUUGCUGAAAAGGUGGAGGAGUUAAAAGAGACACUAAAUUGUAUCAAGAGGGCUUCCCAAGAAUUACUCGGCAGUAAAAAGUUAAAGAAAAUGAUAGAGAUGGUGCUUGCAAUGGGUAACUACAUGAACAAAGGCAAUAGUCGGAUUGGGGAGGCAUCUGCCUUCAAGAUCACCUAUCUUUCACAGCUCGAUACUACCAAGACGACUGAUGGGAAGGCCACUUUCCUUCAUGUACUCAGCAAAGGCUUCAUAAAAAGGUUUCCAGAAAUUACAACAUUGCGUGAUGAGUUGCCUAGUAUUGCCAGUGCUUCCAAAGUGCGAUACUGUCCAAGGGUUAACAGUGUUACUGGGACAAGAAUGCCAGAUUUCUGCAUAUCUACCAUGACCAUUGUCAAGGGCAAAAUAAGAAUGACCAGCGAUUCCAUUGCCCAAGAAUUAAAUGACUUGAAGAAAGUGUUACAGGAGAUUUCGAACAAUGUCAACAAGUACAAUGCAUUCAAUGCUGUCGUCAAGGACAGAUUCCAGGAGGUCAUGGGAUUUUUCAUAUCGAUAGCUUCUGAUGAGAUCCAGGGAUUAUAUGCCAUGCAAACCUUGACUGUAGCUGAAUUCCAUACCAUGCUGAAGUAUUUUGGUGAAGACCCAGAUAGUUCAACUGCCAAUGACAUCUUCAAGAUAUUUGCUGAUUUCCUUGCGAAAUUUGAGAGAGCUCAUCAAGAGAAUCUCAUGCAUGAACGACAUCACUAGAAGAAAGUGACGGGGACUUCGCUUGCAUCCCGGUCGGUCAUUGAAGAGGAUACCUGGCAAAAGGACACAUAACCCUUAUUAUGAAACUUUUGGGAUCUAUGGCAGAACUCUCUUGGAAGACUGACUUUGUUACCUGAAGAAUGGACAGACUUUCUAAGUUUGCAUCUCAAACAUUCUAAAUAUUGAAGAAGAACGAGCACUCAGUGAUGCGUGAAGUCCUGCGCCUUGAAAACCUUGAGUAUAGACAUUACGGAAUAUUUGAUAUCUGUUCGUAAAUCCUAGUGAUUUUCAAGUGAGGUCAUUGCAGUGUUUAUGAUCAUAAUGUACAGAUUGUCUGAAUAUUCAUUCAUUUAUUGACAGAAUUUUUGUAUUUACCCAAAGUACAUUCGAUGAAUCUUAUUGUUAGAUGCUUUAAUGACUUUAAAUAGAUAUGGCGAGGGAAAGGCUGAGAAUGUAACCCUGUGAGGUAGGUCAGUGACAACUGGCACAGAAGCUUCCAACAUUUCACAAGCAAUUCGAAAUAUGGUGAAGGACUUUGCUCUCAUGUGUCGCUCCUGUGCCUCAUGUCACUGGGUCAGGGGCUUUCAAUAAAGUAUGUAUACACUAAAGUUGCCCUCCCCCUCCUAAUGCAAAAGCAAAAAAAGUGAAAUGUUGGUCUUUGACAACUAAUCAGUCCACUCCCGUCCAGUGUAUACAAACUUUAUGGACGGCCCCUAAAGCACCUCGCAAACAAGCAAUUUAGAUCGCAGGUUGCAAUGAUUUAAAUCCCUUGUUUGCAGGGUGCUUGAUUGAAUUGUGAUUUGCGUGACUGUGAUGUUAUAUUGCACCCAAAAACUAUACCAUUCUACUUCAGACGAUGUAUAAAAGGUUGUUUUUGUACAAGUGGUUUUAUCUCACUGAUGGUAAAGUUUGUCAUGAGACAAGUCCCCUACUUAAGAAAUUUCACCCAGUCAAAUAUCAUGCCAUUGACUGCUCAGUGAUCGAGAAAUAAUUCUCGAGGUUCCUUGAGAGGGGCUUUGUUAUUAGCAACAUUUUAGCAAUUUUUCAUUUAUUUUUGUCCAAGUUGUCUAAGAUUGUGACUAAACUUCACUAUCAGGUUUUGCGGUGAAAGUGUUUUAUUACUACGCCUUACUUCCUCAGUUUCACUCCAGAAAGAAGCCCUGGACAUUUGCACUCGCUGCAUGCACAAUUAAUGACAAAUGACACUUUUGUCUAAAAUGUUUGAUUUGCAAUGUAUUUGUGAUGGAAAAUCUCACAACUGUUGGUGUCCUUUUCCAACUAGGAUUUCAGUAUCAGUGAUUUACUAGAGACCCUUUUUGAAGACCAGAAGUUGGGUCAAUCAGUUGCAGCUUGAAGGGACCUCCAACUAACAGAGAUUUUCCUGAUUGUGUAUAUUUGCUGCUAAUUUCAUGUUCUUUCUGCCAUUUUUUUACUUUUCUAUGAAAAUGUACAGUAGAUUGUAUGUAUACUAAAGAUUAUCUUUUCACUUUAUAAAUGGUUUAGGGUGUUUGGCAACUUUUUAAAGAAUAUAUAGUCAACCAAAUUUUGGUGAUGGUAAAAUUAUAUCAGGCUAUGGGUGUAAAGUAUACCCAUGCAUGUGUACAUGUAGGUUUGAUUGUAAAUUCGAAAACACCUUGGUUAAUGUACCACUGUUUACAGUGUAUAAUGUGCUUUGCCUUGUUUUGGCAGCAGGGAUUCAGAUAUAAGAGAGGUUGUGCAUUGUCCCGACUCCCACUUCCAAUACAAGUUGAACUCAAAAUGUGUGUUUGUGCACCUUGCAUUAGUGAGUUUCAGCAAAUUGAAAAUUUGUUCCUGUAUGAUGACAUAUCCAUAUCGAUUUUCUGUAUGUUAUAUGGGAUUCUCCACUCAACUGUAGGUAUAGACUCAGAUACAGAUACAUCACAAGUGUAUAAAAUUUGCACCAGCCAAAAUUCUCCCUAUUAUCUUCAGUAAUAUUGUUUUGUAACAUAUGUCAUCAUGAUAGCGGUAGAAGGCAUCAUGAAGCUCAAUUUAGUGACAAGAUUUCACUCCCUUUCUUUGCAUAAUAUUGUG